UGUUGUGUGAGCUGAGUGUGUGAGCUGCGGCAGCAACGAUGCCUUCAGCUCAGUAUCUGAGAGAGUUCAUCAACGAGCGACUAACUGCUGCUGCUGAACAAAUAUUCUUGGAGUUUGAAAAAACGAUCGUCCAGUACGAGGAAGAGAUCGACCGUCAGCGCAGACUGCUGGAUAUCACCUGGAAACCCCAAAUCAAGCUGCACAGGACAGACGUCCCACAGCAGCAUGUCUGUGAGGAGGAGGAGGAGGAGGAGGAGGAGGUUCUCACUGAGCAGCAGCUCUGGAACCAGGAGAGGAGCUCCAGUGUGGACCAGGAGGAACCAGAAGCUCCACAGAUUAAAGAGGAACAGGAGGAGUUCUGUCAGGAGGUGAGCCAGGAGACUGAGACCUUCAUGGUGGAAGAAAGUGAGAAAGGAAGCAAGAAUGCUGACUCAGGAUUAACUGCGAGUUUCGGUUUAAAGCCAAAAACGAGAAAUCGCAGACGUCUCGGUGCAGACGACGCUCCGAGCCAGCGUCACUCUGACACGGCCAGCAAAUCUGUAACAUGUGACGUUUGUGGAAAAGGCUUCAAGUACAGAUCCCGGAUGCAAAGACAUCAGAGAAUCCACACAGGCGAGAAGCCGUAUCCCUGUGAGAUGUGUGGGAAAGGUUUUUCUCAGAAGGAUGCUCUGACUGUGCACAUGAGAACACACACAGGUGAUAAGCCUUAUGUUUGUAACACCUGUGGGAAAAGAUGCUUGACCUCAUCGACCCUUACCCGGCACGCCGCGGUCCACACGUGCCAGAAGCCCUAUUCCUGCAAAACGUGUGGGAAAGGUUUUGCUCAAAAGUCCAUUUUGCUGGUCCACACGAGAGUGCACACCGGCGAGAAGCCCUAUCUGUGCAACAUCUGUGGGAAGAGAUUUUUUAAAUUGUCAACGUUUAACAUGCACAUGUUUAUCCACGCAGAUGAAAAGCCGUAUUCUUGCCAAACAUGUGGGAAAGGUUUUAAUCGAAGAACUGAUUUGUACGUCCACAGCAGAAUUCACAGAGGUGAGAAACCGUUUUGUUGCCCAACGUGUGGCAAGUCUUUCAAUCGGCGCAGUAAUUUAUUAUCCCACACAAAAAUCCACACGAGUGAGAAGCCCUAUUCCUGCGAAACGUGCGGGAAGUCUUUCAAUCGAGGCAGUAAUCUGUUACGCCACAUGAGGUCUCACACAGGGGAGAAGCCUUAUGUUUGCAAGAGCUGUGGGACCAGGUUCGCUGACUCGUCGUCACUUAAAAGGCACAGAGGAGGAGCUGCUGAAUGUGGAAGAAAAGCUUCUUUAAAAUCCUCCUGAGAAACCACACAGCUGAGAGGCUGUGACUGUAUCAGCGUUACUGCACCACGCAGCGGAGACGUCCUCUUGCUGUGCACCAUGACAUCUGCCACUGAAUUAAUCGAGUGGCACUAGCAGUGGGAGUGGGCGUGUGUUUUUGAGUCUAAAGAUAUGUUUUGAGAAAAUCUUGGUUAUUCAGUCUGUGUGCCUGUAUGUGCUUCCUGUGGUAAUGUCAAUUUCCACAACAGCCUCUGUGGAAUUUUGUCACAACAGUGGGAAGUGGAGGGGAAGCCACUGGGAGUCUGAAGUUUUCAACAAGCAGCUUCUAUAAGUUCUCUUUCCUUCCAGAGUCUGACGAACCUUUUCUCCCUUACAUUCGUCGCUGUGGCUCACGUGCUCCUGAACUUUAGUGUGGCUGUGCCACGAGCUCAUUUGUAGCCCAUCAGUUUUCUCCCACUUACAGACCUCACUCUCUCGCUAUCCACCUGCUCGUCCGUGGAGCGGAUAUGCAAGUGUUCUCAGCUGAAUCAUGGGGUAAGAUAAGAUAACCUUUAUU